CUCUGUGUUCACUGCUCAGUGCUCAGGGCUCAGUCACACUCGCGCCCACAUUCGUGUCCGCCGACCGUCGCGUUCGUGCUACGGCAAUCGUACCGCGCUUUCGACUGCUUCGCGUCACUGUUCUUAGCGGGCGGGCCAUGUAUUCGCUUAAACUUUACACUCUCGUCAAAUAAUUUAACAACUGAAAAUGAGAAAUAAAAGUUGGUGCGGAUGGACAGUAUGGCAUUGGCGGAGAAACCCAACGGGUUGGAUUCUGACGUCAGUGCUGCUGGCAAUAUCAUUAUCUGAGAGUGUCCGCGGAGCAGAAAUCACGUGUCCUGAUGAAUGCUCGUGUAAGAGCACGUUUGACCCGGCGGAGGGCAGCAUGGUGCGUGUGACGUGCAGCCGUGGUGACAUGCACAUCGUGCCCGUGGACUACAUCGAUCGCAGCGCACAUGUUAUUAUCAUAUCUGCUCCUCCGGGUCACCCCAACUUCCUUACGAUCGGGCCCAUUUUCACGCAGCCCACGCCCUUCGCCAAUCUCCUUGAGUUACACAUCGUAAACUCAAACGUCCCUUCAAUCGGACAAUAUUCCUUUUGGGGCCUGCAAAACUUAAGGCUUAUAAAUCUUACACACAACAACCUGACAAGUAUUGGUGCUGAUAAUUUCCGAGGCCUUUUAAAUCUUACAGAUUUAUAUCUCGACCAUAACAACAUAGAGCAAAUGGCAAGUGAAACUUUCAGACAUCUAACUUCACUGAAAGCGCUGAAUUUGGCAAACAAUCGCAUCUCUACGUUGGUGCCAAGGCUUUUCAGAAUGUUAGCGAAAUUAUCUUUUUUGGAUCUAAGUGAGAAUCCUUUAGCUGAUUUAAAUCCGGAAGUGUUCAAGGAUGUACAGCAUUUAAGAGUGUUUAAGUGUAGACGAUGUCUAUUGAGAAGAAUAAAUACACAAAUUUAUCAUCUGGUGCCUCACCUCGAGGAAUUGGAUUUGGGAGAAAAUCAAUUCAAAUAUUUGACCUCCGACGAAUUUAUAAGCUUGAAAAAGUUAAAAAAACUAAAAUUGGACGGCAAUCAGUUAUCGGUGGUUGUGGACAACAUGUUCGGGCGAAAUCAAGAACUCCGUGUAUUAACGUUGGCACGUAAUCGUCUCGCCCUGCUGGCGCCAGCAGCGCUCACCAAUUUAACCGCCCUUGUACACUUGGACAUUAGUCACAAUAAAAUCGACAGAUUCCAUUUGCAAACAUUCGCACCUGUGGUCGAUUCUUUAAAAACUAUAAACUUUGGAGGUAAUAACUUACCAUUAAACGAAAUUGCAAUCGUACUACAAAUUCUACCGGAGAUUCACGGCGUGGGUUUGGCGAAUUUAUCUAUACAAGAAUUACCUCCAAAUUUUUUCAUUUACAAUGAGCAUCUCGUAGCUUUAGACAUAUCUUGGAAUAAAUUAACAACUUUCCCAUACAAACUUCUAUCGAAGACAAAGUUUUUGCAGCGGUUGGAUAUAUCGCACAAUAAGUUGCAAACAUUGAACGAACAGGACUUGCAGAGGCUAGAAGCGAUAGCCGAGGUGAACUUGUAUAAGAAUCAUUGGCACUGCGACCAGUGCGGGGCCGUCACUAUGCUACUGUACAUGGCGACCACCGUGCUCAACGGCACGAUACGGCAGUUAAAGUGUUAUUCGCCCAUGAGAUUACACGGGACUAACUUCGGUGAAUUGAGCUUCGAUCGACUUGAUCCGUGCCCGACCACGCACGAAGCUCAGAUGAGCGUGAUCGCAGGGCUGAUGUUGUUGUGUGUGGCGGUGCUUGCAGCCGUGGCUGCGGCGCUGUUCUGCACGAGGCGCCGCGCUGCACACUACUACACCAAUGAGGAGAAGCGACGCGAGCGCGAACAUGAGCACCCCGACGAGCUGCUGGGGCAUACGGAGCUGGGCAGCGUGGCCACCAUCCACGCGCCCUACCAGCUCGUGUCCAAAGGGAGCUAACAAUGCGCCCAGCCGACGCCUGCGCCGCCGAAAACGGUGCGCGUUCUCCUCGACCCACCGACCCCCCUCGCGUCCAUUUCUACUGUUGUCAACGAAUCGGUACCCAUGCGUUAUUACAUUGCGGCUCCACCACCGCCUAUGUUUAACUCUAAUGAUAUUAUGUGAUACGAAUAUGAAGACGAUCUGGUGUAAACUGGAAGACUAAUAGUUUGCGCAGUGUCGUGUUUAUAUUAUUAAUGUACAUAUAUUAAGGUAAUGUUCAUGGAAUAUAAAGACUAUUUUUCUAUAAUAAUAUUAGAGUUUUAUAUAAAAAAAAACGUUUAAGAUUUUAUCAGAAACGGGACUUAUAGGUACUAAGUAUAUUAUAUGUAAGUUUAAGUCAUGUGGUAAAUAGCAGCUAACAAAACUUAUAAUAUUAGAUAUAAUAGGAGUAUUUUAAGGAUAAACAUUUUUUCUUUAAUUCUAGUAUUAAUGUUAUUUUAGAUAAGGAGACACAACUUAAUAAUUUAAAUAUUAUUUAUUUUAUAGUAUAUUAAAUAACAUGAUAAUCUUUUAAGAUACAAACCAUAAAUACAUAGUUCAUGACUUUUUUAUAACUAAAUAGAUACAUUUACUUAUUGCUGAUUUUAAUUUAUCCAAUAACAUGAAAAAUUAUGGAAAACAUAUUAUAGUAUGUACAUAGUAGAUUAUAUCUGUUGUACAGUUGACAAAAAAUAUUCAGUUUUAAGGUGUCUACUAAUAUACAGUUAAAAGAGGUACACUUAUUCCCCAUAUAGGAAAAGAAAUAAUACGCCGUUAAUAUUGUAAUUGUAAUGUAUUUUGUAUUAAUUCUAUGUAACCGAAAGAGUAAGAUUAAAAAAAUAAUUUCGAAUGAAAUCAUCGUACUUAAUUUUUUUAUUUUGAUUCUAAUCUACAUUUAAAGUCAAUAUCUUGAGCACAUUGAGGUAUCUUUAUUUGAUAUAUUUUAUGUCUAACUAAUUCCAUGGGGAAAGUUUGAUAACAGUUUAAAGUUUAUCGUAACUUAUGAAUUGACGAUAUAAUUAGCAAAAGAAGCAUAAUGUUACAUCCUGUAUACAUAGAGCCACUAGAAUACAGUUUUUACUUAGGACGCGGUUCGCCUCGUUACAACUAGUAUAAUCCGAAUACCUUUGUUACAACUAGAAUUUCCUAGUUCUAACUACAAUUUACUGCUCCCAAAUCUCAGUGUUGCAUAAAAUUAGUUUGAACUUUGAAUAAUAGAAUCAGUUUGAGCUGGCAAUCAGUUUGGGUGAAAUGGUUUUUUACUAAACACCUAAACGUGAAGUUUUUAAAACAUCUACACAUAUGGCGUGUUAUUUUUGUGUAAACGCACUAUUUGUUUAUUGUAAUGAAUAUGGUAGAAACUCACGGUACAUCUUCUUUCUAACAUGAAUAGGCCCACUCGUCCGGGGACUGGGACACGACUGUCUUACAAAAAGCAACGUGAGGCGGUAUAUUCUGAGUAGCUAGGGGUAUUGCUCGAAGGCCAAAUGCCCUGCCACAUUUCCUAAUCUUUGCCUGUCAGUUUGGUAAUGAUGUAUGUAUCCAUGAUUUUUUCAUGGUGUUUAUGGGGCGGUAGUGUUAAAUAAAAAUAGGAUGAAUAAUCAUGUUCAACAGAAUUGGAAUACGUAUUAAAUAUAUAAAAAUAUUAUCGUAUAAAAUUAAUUUUAUUAAUAUUUUUGUUUGAUUAUAAUUAUUGUUAGUCAUUCUGAAAUGAAUUAAUUAUGACUCUAUUCAUAUUAUAACAUAAUUAUAUAAUGACUAAAAUUUUUAUUUAAAUAACAUAACAUCUUAAUUCAUAAAAUUAUUUUAAGCUUUAAUAAAUAUAAAGUAAUUAAAUACAAACCGUGGAGUACUAAGGCGUAAGAGUGCUGUUAACUGUAAUUGAACCGGACGACGUGGCUCAUAAUUUUGUACUCACAUGAGAGGUUAGCCUCGAACGUAGUGCAGGCAGUUCGUGACUUCAUCCUCCAAUGCUCGAUAGCCUUUAAUAGUUUUGGGUUUCAAGGGGAAUAAACGAAAUCGAGAGAUACACUGCCUUUUUGGAUUCAUAAAAAAGGUCUGUACUCCAUAAGACAUAGUAUUUACUUAAUACUAUUCGAACCCACAACUUGAAUUGAACAACCAGUGAAAUCUUUACGCGACAUUACUGAAAUUACAAACUAAAGCAUUUUCACAAGUUAUCGGUCGAGAGGAACUUAGUAAUGAAAAUAUGUCGCUGGAUAUCGGACUAAAAAAACAGGUAAAGAACAUAAUACACGAGAAUACUACGGGAAGAGUUUAUACAUCUACAUAGACGAAACUACGGGCACAAGUAGUCUCGUAAAAUCAUUUAAAAUGUAAAUUGAACUCAUAAACUAAUUUUGAUCAUUAAUUUUCAAAUGCUCUAUUUGCUAUACUCUAUUUAAAUAUGCUCUACAUCAUAUAUUUUCAUUUAAAAAAAAAAGGUUUCAUUUUAAUAAUCACCAAACAUGUAACCAGGUGGUAGGUCUCUUUUAUGCAAGAGGCCGAGUGGGUGGGUACCACCGCUAUGUCUAUUUCCGCCGCUAAGCAGUAUUGUGCAAACAGUGUUGAGUACCGGUUAGAAGGACAUUGUAGCCAUGAUCAUUACAGGGCAUUAAGAGACUCAACAUCUAAUGUCUCAGGGUGACGAUUGCAGGAUAGUGACACGCAGAGCUUUGUAAUUAAAAGUUCCGGGUAGUGUUGCUAAUAUUUAUAGGUAGUCGUAAUGCCUACCAUCAGGCGAAUGACUUCACCCCUUUCGUCAUUCAAUUUAUUUUUUAAAUCACCACAUUUUUUACCCAUGCUUUUAUAAAAGAUGUUCAACUGCAUAAUAUUUUCGGUCUAUUUCAGCGCAUAGAAAGUUCAUUAUUAAUUCUACGGACAAAACCCUUCCAGUUGGGAAGAUCAUUAUGUCUUUUAUACAUUUUUGUAAAGCUCAGAGUUAUUGUUAUAUUUUCUAAAUUAUUCCUAUUUUGAAAACAGUAAACAAAGUGUGUCAGUUUUAACGAAUAGAGUUUUAUAAUCGUGCCUAGCUUUAUGUUUGUUUAAUAUAAAAGUCAAUAGAUUGGAGUGUGCGAAGCCCA